AUGAUCAUUGAGGAUGUGGAUGGCCAGCCAAUUCUUACGGUAAUCGUGAAAUGUCCCCGGGCAGCCGACGGGGUGUCCCAGAUGAUCUCGAAGCUUCCUGCCAACACCCGUAUCAAGCAUAUGGAAACCCGUGACAGUAAGGAUGGUCCCACUGGUGACAUGGACGUCCUAGUGGAACUGGAGCUGGAGCCAGGAAAGAGCGCAAACGAGGUGAUGGCGGCGAUGAAAGAGAGAGGGUUACAGUUCUAUGAAGUCUCAUUCACGAUGAAACCACCAGUGCUGGAGAAGUACAUGGAACCUGGAUCAAACGACGCUAUCACCGGCUGUCAGUGGUUCCCAAAAACAAUCUACGAUCUGGACAUUUGCGCCAAAAAAGUCAUCAUGUAUGGUGCUGGACUUGAUGCUGAUCAUCCGGGUUUCAAAGACCCAGAAUAUCGCAAGCGACGUAUGAUGUUUGCAGAUAUCGCUCUGAAUUAUAAACAGUAAGC